GCUGCAGUGAGGAGGCUUGAUCCCGCUCCAGCUCCCGAGCAGAGCCGCAGGACGCCUGCGGAGGAUCAUGCAGUAGAGGAACCAGCUGCUUGGUCACAUUAUUCUGCCGUCUCGACUCGUACAGCCCGUUUCCUGAGCGAUGGCCGCCUCGCCCGGGCUGGAUGUUGAUCCCAUCCCUCUGCUUCAGCUCCACGAGGUGGAGUCCAGCAAGGCCCCUGAGAGGCCGGGCUCCCCGGGACUCCUGCCCGCCAUGUACAGCCCGCCGCUGGGCAUGGACGGCCACGCCGUCUGCAUCCCCUCUCCGUACACGGACAGUAGCCACGAGUACAACCACGGACACGGACCUUUGACCUUCUACAGUCCCUCGAUGCUAGGCUACAGCAGGCCGCCCAUCACCGACAGUCCGUCGUCCCUGUGCCCCCCCCUCAGCCCCCCCUUCUGGCCCUCCCACAGCCACCCCAACGUCCCUGCGCUGACCCUGCACUGCACCCAGCCGCUCGUCUACAACGAGCCCGGCGCUCACGCCCCCUGGCUGGAGCACAAAGCCCACGGCUUGAACCCCAACAGCGCCGUCAUGGGCUGUAACAAGCUGCUGGGCAGGAAGCUGGAGGACGGAGUGGACGGAGUGAAGUCCUCCUCGUCCUGCUCCUCCGCCGGUGGGAAGGCCGACAUGCACUACUGCGCCGUGUGCCACGACUACGCCUCCGGCUACCACUACGGCGUGUGGUCCUGCGAGGGCUGCAAGGCCUUCUUCAAGAGGAGCAUCCAAGGACACAACGACUACAUCUGCCCCGCCACCAACCAGUGCACCAUCGACAAGAACCGGCGGAAGAGCUGCCAGGCCUGCCGCCUGCGCAAAUGCUACGAAGUGGGGAUGAUGAAGUGCGGCGUGCGACGCGAGCGCUGCAGCUACCGGGGAGCCCGGCACCGCCGCGGCGGGCCGCAGACCCGGGACGUCCCGGGCCGGAGCCUGGUCCGGGCGGGGCCGGGCCCGGGCCCCCGGGCCCAGAGGCAGCUCCACCUGGGGGCGCCGCUGUCCCCGCUGAGCCGCCUGCCCCCCCUGCCCCAGCCGCACCACUCGGCCAUGAGCCCCGAGGAGUUCAUCUCCCGCAUCAUGGAGGCGGAGCCGCCGGAGAUCUACCUGAUGGAGGACCUGAAGAAGCCCUUCACCGAGGCCAGCAUGAUGAUGUCGCUCACCAACCUGGCCGACAAGGAGCUGGUGCUCAUGAUCAGCUGGGCCAAGAAGAUCCCGGGCUUCGUGGAGUUGAGUCUGGCGGACCAGAUCCACCUGCUGAAGUGCUGCUGGCUGGAGAUCCUGAUGCUGGGCCUCAUGUGGCGGUCCGUGGAUCACCCCGGGAAGCUCAUCUUCUCCCCGGACUUCAAGCUCAACAGGGAGGAGGGGCAGUGUGUGGAGGGCAUCAUGGAGAUCUUCGACAUGCUGCUGGCCGCCACCGCUCGCUUCCGAGAGCUGAAGCUGCAGCGGGAAGAGUACGUCUGUCUGAAGGCCAUGAUCCUGCUCAACUCCAAUCUGUGCACGAACUCUCCUCAGACGACCGAGGAGCUGGAGAGCCGGAACAAACUGCUGCGUCUGCUGGACUCGGUGAUCGACGCCCUGGUCUGGGCCAUCUCCAAACUGGGCCUGUCCACCCAGCAGCAGACUCUGCGGCUCGGACACCUCACCAUGCUGCUCUCACACAUCCGCCAUGUCAGCAACAAAGGCAUGGACCACCUGUCCACCAUGAAGAGGAAGAACGUGGUGCUGGUGUACGACCUCCUGCUGGAGAUGUUGGACGCCAACACGCCCAGCAGCAGCAGCAGCAGCCAGACCGCCUCGUCCUCACCCACCUCCGACAGCUACUCUGACCCGCAGCAGUACCCGCCGCCCUCCACCCACCUGCAGCACGGAAGUGACCAUACGACCGCCGUCACCUGCACCGCCACGCCUCCGAACGAGGCCGCCAUCCUGGACAGACACCUGCAGGCGCUGCCGCCCCCGUCACACAGUUUAGUGAACAGUUCCUGCCUGCAGAGCCGUGGCCUCUGUCCGGGGGGGGCCGUGGGUGGGCCCGAGGCCCCGUCAGUGGAGCCCCCCUCCUACAUCCUCUCUGAUCACCAUCAUGGACUAACAGACUGA